ACUCAGCGCUGUGCUUUCUGUUGAUGUACGAUUGGUUCUGUCGAGUCUUUUACGUCCUCUCAUCAAGUUCCAUUACAAUGCGAUUUAGUAAAUGACUUCUUGUGAUCACGAAUUCGCCACGAAACGUUGUAACACAGACGUAAGAGAUUCACCCGUAACGGAACACACGCACACACGUAUGAAACACUGGUUGCAAAAAUCAUACGUCUUGAUGAGGAAUUGAUUGUUUCCCAGCUUUCGCUACGGAGUCGGCUGGUUGUUUACCGAUACCUUCCGAAACGAUCGCAGGAUGUAACUUUGCAUAGGAUAACAAGACGAAAGCUCCUGAGUUGUCCGGUAGGAGUGACGCUAUCACUCGCCUCUGAGAGUAAACUGGCACCGCUGGAAUCGGCCCCACAAGUAAUUGGGAUGCUGAUAGUACGGGAAGGAUGUGGCACACGGGGAGUUGGCUUACUUGGGUAUUACUCUAUUGGUGCUACCCGGCAGUGAUAACCGGAGAAGGAAAGGGUGACAACGACGGUUUCUAUGAUACAGCCACGCCCACGGAAAAACAGCUGAUUAAACAUCUACUGAUGCGAUAUGAGCGACACGGUCUCAGUGGUCGUCCCGUCGUGCACUACGCCGACAACAUCACCGUGUACUUCAGACUGUCCCUCAUCCAGGUGCUCGACGUCGACGAGAAAAACCAGGUCCUUAAGACCAACAUUUGGUACCACUACGUAUGGACAGACAGUCUACUUCGAUGGACUCCUGCAAAAUAUGGCAACAUCACCAAUGUACGGAUCCCUUCAAAACAGAUCUGGAUACCCGAUAUAAUGCUUUAUAACUUUGCUGACGACCGCCUGGAUGAGCACCGCGACGCCCUGGUGGUCGUGGACUACACGGGAGAUCUCCUGUGGAUGCCGCAAGCCAUCAUCAACAGCUCGUGCGCCCUCGACACGCUCUACUUUCCCUUCGACGAGCAGGUCUGCUCCCUCAAGUUCGGCUCCUGGACCUACCAUGGCGGCAAGCUCAACAUCGACUUCAUCGACGGCAUGAACAAGAUGGACGUUAGCGAGUACAUCAAGAGCAACGAGUGGGACGUCAUCGAGAACACCGGCGUGCGCAACGUCAAGUACUACACGUGCUGCCCGGAGCCCUACCCGGAUCUGACGUUUAGUCUGAGGCUGCGCAGAAAGGUGGCGUUUUAUGCGUUCAUCCUGAUACUGCCGUGUGGGUUGCUAUCUCUUCUGACCAUGGUCAUAUUCUGGGUCCCGCCAGAGUCUCCGGCAAAACUACAAAUUGGAAUGAACAUAUUUCUAGCAUUCUUCGUGUUAUUGCUCCUGUUAACGGACUACACCCCUAGAGCUUCAGCCUCCAUUCCCUUAAUAGGUUCUUACUUCUGCCUUAGUAUGAUUCUGAUCACCAUGUCUACAGUUCUGGCGUGUAUCGUGGCCAACAUGUACUUCAGAGGAGUUCGGAUCAACAGAGCUCCCAGGUGGCUCAGAUCGUGCAUCAUUGACGGAAUUGCCCGCUUUCUGGGCAUGAGAGAAAACGUCAUCGAGACUACCACCAACUGUGCGACACCCAAGAAGACGUGGUCCUCGUACGUGACCAGCGAGUUCGACAAGUCUGACUCUGAGAUGGUUUACGCCCGGGUCCAUCUUCUUGACAUGGGCGUCGACUCUAAGUCCGAGUUUGGAACCGACGACUCCUCGUGCGGGCCCUCGCCAGCGAAAUUCCCCACCGCUCCAGAUCCUCUUCUAGAGGACAUCUCCUCCAUUAGGGAGUACAUGGACCGCAUCAGGGACGAUGAGAUCCUUCAGGAGGAGAGGAAGAGGAACGUCCGGGAAUGGAGGAUCAUAGCAUCAGUGGUCGACAGGAUCUUCUUCGUAGGUUACGUCUUCAUUAACGUUCUAGGAGUGACUCUUAUAUUCACUAAAGGGCAGACUUUGUGAUGUACGCUUG